UCUAUAUUUCGUAUCUGAAUUACUAUAAAGCCAUUGUCUUUCCCUCCUCAUCCGUUCAUCAACCAGCCAUCCAGACAUUAGCAUCUUCUCAUCUGCCUUCCAGCCUCCAACUUUUAUAUACUCAAACUUUUGCCUCCUUUCAGCCAAGCUACUAUCCAACAUGCGUUUCUCAGUCACCGCCACCGCGCUCUUCGCUCUCGUUGCAGCAACCCCGUCGGCCGCCAACCAAUGGACCAGCCAACUCACCAAGGACCUUCAAGGCCUGGCUUUGUCCACAAGGUCCAUCUGGGGACCUACUGGAACUAUCACCCGCGUUGAUGGCCCUCUAUUCGCGGAUAACUUGGGCAACUUCCCUAAAAUCGUCGGUGGAUUGAAGGCCAUUGUCAAGAAGGUCAACGAAGUGACCGCCAGCCUUCCCCAUGCCUUUCCAGGUGUCGAGUUGAAGGACUUGUACCCAAUCGAUUGGGCAUAUGAUGAUUUCCUCGUCGACCAGCAAAUCCUCAUGAAUGUCCUGAACCUCAAGUCGCAUAAGUUCAGCGACAGCAUUCCUAUCAAGGCUGAUCCUCUCAUCGCGGUCCUCAACGAGCUCGAACCCGCCAUUAACUGCUUUGCUGAUGCCGCCAAACUCCUGUUCCUACCAGAGCCCCACCUGCUGGAGAAUAAGCGUAACACCCUCAGCAAGACAAUCAAGGCCGUGGUUAGCAACUACAGCCCAAAGGCCCCUAAGGUCAUGCGCACUUUCACCGCUUAGAGUGCCCAAGGGUAACUCUUUGUGGUGGCCAAGGCCAAAUGCGGGGAGAAAAAGGAGUGUCGUGGGGAAUAUUUGUAUUCGAAGAUGGCGGGUUUGUAAUUAUUACGAGCUAGUUUGAGAUUCAUAAAUGACAG